UGGGGUAUUUUUCUUUCCUACAUGAAUGAAUCAUCGGGAUUCACAUCGCAAACAAAAAUAUUUUAAGUGGUAUUUUUUUACUCAAAGUAAUUUGAUUGUUAGAAUAAACAUCAAAAAAUAAGGAACCAACAUGUUUUCAACAAAUCCUAAUUACACCAAGCUCAAAACACAUUUGAGGUUGACCAUAAAUCGCCUCAAACUGUUGGAGAAAAAGAAAACUGAACUGGCUCAGAAAGCAAGGAAGGAAAUUGCGGAAUACAUCGCCGCUGGUAAAAGUGAACGUGCUAAAAUCCGUGUAGAGCAUAUCAUUAGAGAAGACUACAUGGUAGAAGCAAUGGAGAUAGUGGAGAUGUACUGUGAUCUAGUGCUCGCGAGGUUUGGCCUGGUCACACAAAUGAAGGAAUUAGAUGAAGGCUUGGCUGAGGCAAUAUCCAGUCUCAUUUGGGUGGCACCCAGAAUGCAUACUGAUGUUCAGGAACUCAAAGUUAUCUCUGACUUGUUCACUGCAAAAUAUGGUAAAAUCUAUGCAGAUGCAUGUAGGAACGAAAAUGUGAACACUGUCAGUGAGAAACUGAAACACAAGAUGUCAGUGCAGAGCCCACCCAAGAUUUUGAUUGAGAAGUACCUCAUAGAGAUUGCGAAGAACUACAAUGUGGAGUAUGUUCCCGAUGAGCAGGUCAUGCGGGAGGAAGAAGGUCGAGACGCCAUGUUGAUAGAUAUCGGAGCGCCGCAGCCGCCCGGGUUCAUCGGCUACCCUCACCCGCCGCCGCUGCCCAACAUGCCCCACCUGCCCCCGCCUCCCAACACACCGUUCGGCUACCCCACGAAACCAUCCCACGGUGCUAUGGGUGGGUUCAUCGCGACCCCCCCGCCCAACAUGGGCGGCCCCAGCGUGCCCCCCAUGGGGUAUAACCUGCCCCCUGGCGUCGAUUCCAAGAACUUGAGUAACAGCUUCUUACAGGAUGAAAUGAAUAACCUGCCUCCUGCAUAUGACAGCAUUAAUCAUGAUUUGCCCGCAGCCGCGCCGACGCCGCAGCCCCGCCCCCGGCAGCCGCAGCCGGCGGCCCCUCCCCCCAACCCCUUCCCCGAGCUCCCUGAGCUCCCCUCCGUCCCCUCAGACCUCAUCCUCCCCUCGGUCCCGCACAGCAACAACUCCAACACGUCCACGUCCAACGGCCCCGAUGAAAUCGACUUUGAUGAUCUGAACCGCAGGUUUGAGGAGUUGAAGAAGAAAACGUAACUUUGUUAAAUCAUCUGCAACUUUUUUUAUAUAUACAUUUUAAUAGUAAUAUAUACUUAAUCAGGACAACCGGUACACAAGUUAAUUAUAAGUAUCGGUAUGUACAAAUGUUUUCGGUACCUCUCACAACACCCCAAUUGACAACUUAAUUUUUUAGAACAGCAAAAAAUUAUUAUUAUUACAUGACAGAAGAAAAAAUGUCGAAUAGUGUUCGAGAAAAAAAAAGUAAUGAAAUGUUAUCAAUUACUCGAGCUGAUUUUUUUUUACUAUUGUUCCCAAAUACCAUUAAAUCUUAUAACACACGACGACCUAGCUACGCUUAUUAUUCAAUUCGAUACAGUGCCGGUUUCAAUAUUUGCCUAAUUCAAGAAAUAUUUGAAUGAUUAGUCUCUAUUCCAAUAUUAACAUUAAUAUAGACGUUAUAAUUAUUAUAUUAAUAUAAAGACGAAGAGCUCUUAAUAACACGAGCAUGAAAAAGUUGAGGUUGUAGAUAUAAUAAAGUCACAAAUAUUGCCAAUGGCACCAUCAAACGGAUUGAAAAACGUUUUGGAAAUUAGCUUUGAUGAAUUAGGGAGUGUUAUAAAAUCACCACCCUGUAUUUAUAAAAACAUAAAGCAUACUUUAAGCUAAAGCAUGAUUUGUCAGUAUCACAAUACAAUAUUUGACAUUAAUAGAAAGGGAGACGAUUGUAUUCAUAGAAUGCAUUUAAUGUAAAAAGAGUGAGGUGUGUCCAUAGCAUAACGAAAAUGAUUUGAAGCUAUAAUAGAUAAUACUAGAGUCCGCACUCCCAAGAACUUUUGAUGUACAUACAUUGUACAUAUAAUGUGCUAUUUUUAUGAUCCGUGGCCAUACCUCUUGCGCGGUAUAUGAAAUUAUAAUUAUGAAGGAAAUAGCAAAAUAUUAUGUACUUUGCAUCAGCAAGUUCUUGGGAGUGCGUCUCCACUUCAUGAGCAUGACAAAU